AUGGGUAAAAAUAAUAACAAAAACCAAAAGAAUAUUCAUCAUGUUGCCAACACACAAUUAAAAAAUACACCGUCCUUAAAAUGGCGUUUAAUUAAAAAAGAAGCUAAUUUCUUUGAUAAGGCGUUUGAAGAAAACCUAAUAAAUUUCCAAAAAAUGUCUUUAAAUCAAGAUGACUGUUCAUCAAAAAAAGAAGAUAAUGUAGAAGAAAAAAUUAUACGAACAUGUAAAAAGUUUAAAAAAAGAAAAAAAAAGCGAAAGUGCGUAAUCUGGCUCUAUAUUUAUUGCUUUUUUUCUUAUUUUAUCACGUUGGAAAAUAUAUUUUCUUUUUGUUCCACCUUUUCGAAAAAACAAAUAUAA